UGUCAAAUGACCAUCUCCGUUUGCAAUAUUUAUUACCGCAAAUAACAGUCUCCUGUGAUUUACUGAACAAAAUAUAAACAGGGCCGAUUGCUUAAUGUAAGUACAGAUAGCUGGCAACUUUAUUUGUAGGCUAAAAUAAUCAUUCCAUUCAAUAAUAACAGCCUAAUGUUGUUGUUGUCAUAACAAGGCAAUUUGACAGGAACCUACCAGCCGAGGACCAUGGCGGCGGUAACAACGAAACAUAACGAUAUGACAGUAAUGUAAAAUAAUGGAGAAUAUUCAUACAACGUAAUUAGAAACACCGCUGCCAUUUUUUAAAUAUUGGCUAAAGAUAAAUAAACCAAUUUAUGAUUAAACCCGUGGAGAAAACAAUAUUCGUAUACUUCAAAGCAGUUACUUCCGUCUUUCAACUACGGUGGCCAGUGCACCAUCUGCCCCUCAUGCGCAAUCUUUUCGCGCAUUUGGGAGGAGGAGCACGUAGUCUACCAUUGUAAUUAUGUUGUAAGCAAGUCGCAGAUAGGCAUGCGAAUAGAAUAAGUGAACAGGUAAACCUACUGGCAGUGACAAAAUGGGUCUCUGAAUAGUAGGAUAUCUAUCAGCAAUUUCAAAAAAUCUCCAAUUUGGUAGCCUGUAUCUGGGUAAUGAGUGGAUGAACGGGCUCAAAGAUGGUGGCAUUUACAAUAAUCAAGGAGGAGGUUUGGAAACCGUUAGUCCUGGACCUAUGACUGUCAAUCAAAGGUCAACAAGAGGCGCAGAAAUAAAUACGUUUGAGAACGUAGGCCAUAUUGUUUUUUAGGGAACAAGCUGUUGAUUUUUUUUGUCAAGUGAUGAGCAAUUUUAAGGACAUUAAGCCGACUACCCGUCGACUGAGCUCGGAUAAUAAUUCCGUGAGCAGCAAUGACUGGGAUAUGGCCAAUGAUGUGUUUGUGUCCUGCUACGAGGAACCGAUGGGAGAGACUAUACACGGGGAGAUGGACUCGGUCCAGUCCGGCUUGGAAAUGCACUUGCCUCCGCUGUUGCUAGGCGAUCACCGUUUAUCUCAAGACGGCAUGAUAUUGGGCCUAGUGGAGGAAACUUACUCGGGCUAUCACUCUCUCCCCGACUCAGGGACAGGCUAUUUGGACAUCACAAACGACCUGAAGUACACCGAAAGUGAUGGGAGUGUGACUACAAAGAAGCGGAACCGCUCCAACAGUUCCAGACACCGCGGGGAGGUCGUCACCGAGCUGGGACCUGAGGAAGUGCGAUGGUUCUACAAAGAGGACAAGAAAACCUGGAAGCCAUUUGUUGGACACGACUCUUUGAAAAUUGAAGUAAUUUACCGCAAAUUAUGUGAACUAAACCCCUGCAAGGUGAAAUGUCGCAAUCAUGCCACCGAACCAGAGAACCCCAGUGGGUCAGCCACGGGGUCCGAGGACCAACCGGAGGAUGUGGCGGAGGGGGGAGCUGUUCAGGCGGAUCCGGCAACAGGAGAAGGGGAAGGUGAAGGGGAGGGAGGAUACGAGACGGAUGACAUCGACCUGGAUUCCAUAAGUGUCAACGUUGAGGCUGUUUGCGUCAGAGGGGGUCUCUAUGAAGUGGAUGUCAAAGAGAAAGAAUGUUACCCUGUCUACUGGAACCAGCAGGACCGUAUUCCUGUGAUGAGGGGCCAGUGGUUCAUCGACGGCACGUGGCUUCCUCUGGAGGAGGACGAGAGUGACCUCAUCGAGCUGGAGCACCUGGCCCGUUUUCGUGGCCACCAGAUGAGGGAGAUCUACGAGACUGCCACCGAGGUGGUGACCACCACAGUGGACAGCAAGGACUGUAAAGUGGAUGGACUCAAUGCGAUCCACAGUUUGAAACUGAGCCGAAGCCAUGUGGACUGGCACAGUGUGGACGAGGUGUAUCUCUACAGUGAUGCCACCACCUCCAAGAUCGCACGCACUGUCACCCAGAGACUGGGCUUCUCCAAAGCUGGCAGUAGUGGGACGCGUCUCCAUCGGGGCUAUGUGGAGGAGGCAGCGCCCGAAGACACACCGCCCGAAACAACACACAUUGUCUUUGUGGUGCAUGGGAUUGGCCAGAAGAUGGAUGAGGGCCGCAUCAUCAGGAACACAAGCAUGAUGAGGGAUGCUGCUAGGAAGAUGGAGGAGAAGCAUUUCUCCGAUCGUUCCACAGAGCAUGUGGAGUUCCUUCCUGUGGAGUGGAGGUCCAAACUGUGCCUGGAUGGAGACACCGUGGACUCCAUCACUCCAGACAAAGUUCGAGGACUCAGAGACAUGCUCAACAGCAGCGCUAUGGACAUCAUGUACUACACCAGCCCUCUGUACAGAGACGAGAUCACUAGGGGUCUAACUCAGGAGCUGAAUCGUCUAUACACACUCUUCUGCAUGCGGAACCCCGAGUUUGAGGAGAGUGGCAAGGUGUCCAUCGUGUCCCACUCCCUGGGUUGUGUCAUAACCUUCGACAUCAUGACAGGCUGGGACCCCGUACGCUUCCAUCAUGAAGAACUAUCGCCGGACCCAAAAGAGAUGCAAGAGUGCUGGUCAAGCUAUCAGGAACAUCACCUACAAGAGGAGCUGAGACUCACACGACUCAGGUUACGGGAUUUGGAAAAUCAGUUUGCUGGUUUGCAAUCCCCAUCAUCUGAAGGCUCUUCUUCAGCCUUGAAAUUUAAGGUGGAGAACUUCUUUUGCAUGGGUUCUCCCCUGGCCGUGUUCUUGGCGUUGCGAGGGAUCCGACCGGGGAACAACGUGACCCAGGAUCACAUCUUACCCAAAUCCAUCUGCCAACGUCUCUUCAACGUCUUUCAUCCUACCGACCCUGUGGCGUACCGAUUGGAGCCCCUAAUCUUAAAGAACUACAGUAACAUUUCACCUGUCCAAAUACACUGGUAUAACACAAGUAGUCCGACUCCGUACGACCAGAUCCGUCCCACGCUUCUCAACCCUGCACUGAAGGAAAGUGCAUCUGUCUCGGACACAGAGAGCCUCCCUAGCCCCUGUACCUCCCCCCCUCAGGCCCGAAGACACUACGGAGAGUCCAUUACGAACUUGGGGAAAGCCAGUAUUAUGGGCGCGGCAAGUCUCGGCAAAGGCAUCGGCGGGAUCUUCUUCUCCCGCUUCUCGCGCUCAAGUGGUCACGUGGGCGGCGUGGAGGAGGAGCCUUCUGACUCGGAGGCCGGGGUCUUGGAGGUGGAUAAUGCCGUGUCCGGGGAGGAGGGCGUGGCUGCCGAGUUAGUGGAGAAGUUAGCGGUAGUCGAGGAGACGAGAGAAAUAGAGCACUCCAUGUCUCGUUCCACCUCGGCUAUCCUGGACAACACCACAUUGGAGUUGGAGAGGCGUAUUGACUUUGAACUGCGAGAGGGCAUGGUGGAGAGCCGCUAUUGGUCGGCGGUGACCUCUCACACUGCCUAUUGGUGUUCACACGACGUGGCACUGUUUCUUCUCACUUUCAUGUACAGACAGGAGUAUCCCACUCAGCUCUCUGAGGAUAACUCAGAGUUAUCCUAACCCACAGCCUGUGGUCAGCUGGUGGUGAUCUCGUCAGAGACCUUUCCCUUUACCCUACGGGUUCUAAUAGUGACUGUUCCUCUAAUGUUCCCAAUGCUGUCAAUUCAUCCACCCUGUGGGUCUAUUGAAUACCGUCUCCCCUCCAAAGCACCCACCAACCCCAAUUAAGACUGUUCCUCUUUCCUGUGACCGUAAAUGACGACUGUGUCUCUUGGACUGUGUUGGUGUCGGACACAGCUCUGACUCGGGUCUGUGUGACUCCUGAAACUGUAGCCAUGGCUCAAGCCUAACCUCUCUCAACUCUGAGCAUCAACACUCAUUCAGAUGUUUAGCCUGUUGAGAGAGUUACAUUCAAAUCCAUCCAUUCAUGGUCUGAAUGCCUCAGAGAAGCACACUGAAACCCGUUCAAUUGCAUCGUUUGAUUUCAACCCGUCAGGUCGAUCAAAGUGGAUUGUUAUGGAAAGGUUGAAGUAGCCAGACGGAACACUGCACUCACCAUUGUUUUAUUCGUUCAGUUUAACCUGGCUAUAGGGUUAAAGUCAAAUGAAUGAUGAUGACAUUGGAUGGCGCAUACUUAGACUAAAUGAAAUGCAGCUCUAUAUACUAACUGUACUGGUUGCGACGAUGCGUGGAGUCGCCAAAUUAUGUUUACACUAACGGACUAACUGCAAGACUAGGCUGAAAGAUACUAAUGUUGGAUACACAACUUUAGCAAAGUUGCCAAAUACAGUUUUUGUUUAGCUCUCUCUUAUAACAGUGGCAGGUUCGGUCGGUUUUGCUGGUCCAUAGGAAGGCCGCCGAAUUGCUUUGUUCUAUUGUGAAUUGUCUUGAUCGAAAAGAGCACUCCAUUUGUAAUACUAACACUGACAUGUUGCACAUAUACGGUAGCUUUACAUUUUUCCGGCACUUUCUAGUCAGGCAACGAACAGAGAUACGACAUAUUGGUAAAACAACAGUAAAACACACACACGAAGGACUCAAAAUGUUUCAUGUGCAUCCAUUGAACUGAAACAGAGUAGCAAGUAGAGAAGUCUGCAGAGUACACUCCUUACAAUUCUAACACUUUUAUUUAAAUCAAUAACUAUUCGGGCCAAAAUGAAAAGGAAGCAUGAUGUGCAGUAUGAACGUAGACGGGGAUGAAUAUGCUCUGCUUAAGAUUGUCUUACUAGUAGUGGGGGAUUGUAGCAUGCCACAUUGAAAGUCACCUGGAGGGUUCCUCUGUGAUUUUUUUUAAGUAAAAAAAACAAAUGUAUUACACUAACACCGAGUGACAUCACUCAAAUUGGAUCUCUGCCAUAAUCAAGGAUCAAUCAAGCUUGCCAUCAGGAAGUUUUUUAAUUUUUUUAUGUUUGGUGUCAUGUAUUUUGUACACAGUAUGUGUUAAGAGUAUGCCUUUUUGCCGUCUUGUGAAUGUUUGCCGUUUAAGUUCUCCUCAGAUGUGUUUGAGUCCAUCCCUUGUUAAGUCAUACUGUCAGAUUCCUAGGUAUGCUACUGUGUCAUCCCGUUGCGUCUCGGCUUACAAAUGCCUGAUUCACACUAUGUGGCCGAGCGGAACUGUACUGUGCCGGCACAGGUAUUCUCUUUUCACUUUGUCCUUUCUAGCGUCAUUCCAGCAACUAUGGUGUAUACGUAACCAGGCCAGAUCCAAUACAGCUUGAUUAAGUUUGGCUCAAGGAGUGUGAAAAGAGGAUUUAGAGGGUUUUGUUUGUGCUUCACUCCUUGGUUUAGCAUAUCCUUGUUUCCGUGUCACACUGUCACUGUUACACUCAAACAUAGCAAGCUGAUACCUCCUUCUUCCUUAUGUUACAACUUACCCAUUCAUGUGCCAUAAUGUGUAACUGACAUAGAUCUCUUCUCUUAAUUGUGCAUAGAGUUGUCAUUCGAGGCUAAAUGUACUGUACCCUAAGGGCAUUGAAUUGUGAUUGAUUGUGUUGUGGGUAGUCCAUUCUUCAGCUAUACUCCCAUUUGCCUUGCACUAGAGGACAUGUUUCCACUUUACUGCCCAAUCCACUGUCAUGCUCAUUGCUCACUCUUUUUAACCUUUGUUUUGUUCAAAUGAAUGACGUAAUGCUUAACCUUGGUAACCCUUUUGUUAUACAUUAAAAUGUAUCUCUACAGCU